UGUAUCACAGGAGAAAGCAUGCUAACUUUCUAAAGAAUUAAUUAGGAGAUAAAUACACCCAUGACAUCUUUAUAAUUUAUUUCUACAGUAUUUUAAAUUUGCAAGUUUGGAUUAUAUAUUAAAUUAUUUUGGAGUGAUAGUGCAAACUUGGAUCAUUUUUUAUCCUAACUGCUAAGGAGGAAGACAUGCCAGAAAUCCACUGAUCUGCUAAAAUCUGCCUGACCAACAUGGAUAAAUUAAUUCUACAAGCCAGUAUUCUCAUUGUUGUAGCAGUACUACAGAUUUGUUCUGCAGACUGUCCUUACGGUUGUUCAUCAUGCAGUGAUGGGCGUCUCCAGUGCCCAGGGGCGGGGCUGACUGUUCUUCCCUCACCAAUCCCAAAGGACACAUUUGUUAUUGAUCUAACCCAAAAUAAAAUAAACACUCUGAAUAAACUACCUGAUCUGCCAGAGCUCCAAUCAUUCAGGAUGUCCUUAAACGAAAUACGUGUCAUCAAGGGAGGUGACUUUGAAGCCGCAUCAUCCCUCAUGAGCCUUGACUUAUCUACGAACUCCAUAUCUAAAGUGUACAAGCAUGGAUUCCAAGGGCUCAUAAACCUCGAAACUAUAUCACUCAACGGAAACAAGAUCAAAGAGAUUGGGCAAAUCUUCAGAAAUACACCUGCUCUCAACUCGCUACGUCUAGGGAAUAAUGAGAUAGAGACCAUCGAGGAAGAAAACUUCGAGAAAAACAACAUGAUCAAGAUGCUAGAUCUGAGUAACAAUAAAAUAUCAAGUAUCCACGGUAAUGCUUUCAAAAAUAUGGACAUGUUGCGGUACUUGAUCAUCAGCAACAAUCCUAUUACCACACUUUCCGAUCUGACAUUCAGCAGUACCAUGCUAUCAUUGGCUGAUUUCUCAAACUGUCAAUUAGAGUCGGUGCCACGUACCAUGCCACCGUCGCUGACUGAUUUCCGUCUUGGCAAUAACCGUAUCACUGCCAUUAAUGACGAAGACUUUAACAACAUUACAAGACUAAAUCUACUUACCCUAAAUGACAACAAAAUCAAUCACAUUGAGCAUCGGUCAUUUGAGAGUCUAGAGAACUUGAAAGAACUUUGGUUCAGCAGGAACGAAAUGGUGUACAUACCCAGGGGUCUGCCAAAGGGAUUGAUCAAACUGUUUAUUGACAAUAACCAAGUUGUUGAGCUUGAGCCAAUGUUGUUCAAAGAAGAUGCCAAGCUGAAAGUAUUGUCUCUAGAAGGAAACAGGGUGAGGAAAGUGCAUCAGGAUUCUUUAAAAUACGUGAAUGACCUUGAAAAACUUAACCUACAAGGUAACCAGCUCUCACUGAUAGAUGUUGGAACAUUUACCAAUCUUCCUAAGUUGCAGAUGCUAACUCUUACCGAUAAUCCAAUCCAAGUUUUUGAGCAAGGAGCUUUUGCUGGGCUUGACAGUCUCACUGACCUCUCAAUGGCAUACAUUGACCAUCGAAACACAGGUGUAGAGAAAGUUCUUCAUGAGAACUUUCUUACCACUAUGCCUAAUCUGACCUCUGUUGACCUUAUGAGUAGUGUUGAACUAACAAAAGCAUUUCUUGCCAAGUUUGCUGAAACAGGAAAUGAAACAUUAGAUAGUGUUAAGAAAGUCAAUUUGCAGUACAACGAACUGACCACCAUACCCGAAGCUGUCCAAACUGUUUUUCCCAACGUAAAACAACUUCUUCUGGAUGGUAAUCUUCUUCAGUGUGAUAGUAAAUUGCUAUGGUUACGAGCCUGGAUGCAGACGACAACAACCGUAUCUUUUCACCAAUAUGAACCACCAACAUGUGACUCACCAAAGGCAGUUCAUGGACGACUCAUCUCUGAAUUAUCACCGACAGAUUUUACAGAUGUACCAGAGCUGCCGACGAGACAGUCAAACACACAGCAAUUUUCCAAAACUGAAAUAUCUCAACCCGCCGAAACCUCCCCAUCAAGGAACACAUAUCAACCAUCAAGUGAUGUCAAUGAUCGUCAGGAUAAUCGCAACAACAACAACCCUCAGACCAAUCGCCAAUCAACAGCAAUAGGUGGCGUCCGAGUUGUCAUAAAACCACCGCGUAACCAACUGCAACCAAAAUCUUCCAACAAAGAUGUUCAAAACAAAAAGAUGACAAAGGCUGAACGUAAAGCUGCAAGGAAAGCUGAGAGAGAAAGAAAGAGAAAGGAGAAAGAAGAAAGACGAAGACAGAGGAAGUUAAAUCGGAAAGACGAUGACGCAAAGCGUAAGAAGCGUAGGAUUCACAGUAAGAAAGGUAUGCGCUGCAAAGUGGACAAGGACGGCAACAUGAAAUGUGUCAGAAGAAAGAGAUGCCAGGUAGACGAACAUGGAAAUAUGAUAUGCCGUAAACGUAAAAACAAGAAAGGCAGAAAACGCAAGGCAAAAACAGCUUAAAGCUGGAACUUAUAGUGUAUAUAAUCUUUACUGAUAUUCUUACUAUGCAAAUUUGUACAGAAGAUUCUAAAAACUGCAGAAGUAAAUUAUAACCUGUGAGUGCUGUGAAACACUUAAGACAGUAAUAACCAAUAUUUUAUGGAUUUGAGGUAGCUCUGCAUGUUCGGACCAAAAUUUUUUCUACAAUGUAGAAUUUGAUUAAACCCUAAUUUUCCAAAAAUUAAGAAUAUACAUAGGAAACUCAUAGCAAAUAAAAAAGAUAGGGUCUUGUGCUUGAAGAUUUGCUAGAUUGAUUUGAAAAAUGCGGAUAUCGCACAAAUUUUCGUAAUCAGCGUCUAUGGGAAAAUCCAACUUUUGGUGACAUUUUGGCAAAUAGAAAAUUUUUGUACUAUGUAGAUUUUAAUGAAACUUCUCACAGCCAUAAAUGAACAAAUGACCUGCAAUAUGGUGUAAAAAAUGUAAAGGUCUGAGCAUGUUUUGAGAUUUAUGCCAAUGAUUUAAAGAGAUCAGCACAACUCAAACUAAUUUAAAAGAUCAUUUGGAAUUAUUUAACAUGCCAAAUCUCUUAACAUCAAAGACAUAUUUUAACUUUCAAAAGAUAGUUACGUUGUUGUUUUAAUAAAUCUAAUCACAGGUUGCCAUUUAUUCAUAUAAUGGUGUUCUGUUACUUCCGGUUUAUCAUACAUGCAGAACUACCUUACACUGAGACACAGCGAGUUUGUUACAAGCUUGCGACUAGGCCUCUGGAGUUUAAUUUUGAACUUUUAAGUUUCAUAAUCAGUUUAAUUUGAGCUCAGUGUUCGACCAUCAAAAAAUCUUCUAUCUGAGCUUUAAGUUUGCGGUUCUGAGAGCUGCUUCAUAAGUGUUAGGUGAUGUGAGUAUUAUUGAAAUAAUCCAUUCAUUAAGUCAGUAACAAAAGGAAUUGCACUAUACUAACAGAAUUUUAUGUUGUUAUUUUUUUUUUAUCAAAAUUUUGUAAAUGGCUUAUUUUUAUUACAUUGUUAUAAUGCAAUAUAGAAAUAUUCAAUAAAUAAUUUGUACUCA